UUUUGAACAGUUGGUCACAGUCGUUAUCAUGGCCUCAAACGAAGCCACAGAAGAGGAAGAAACCAGAUGUCCAGUAUGUCUGGAGCUUUUCGUUCUACCUGUGAAACUGCCAGUCUGUCAACACAAAUUCUGCUUUCUGUGCAUAAAAGGAGUUGCUUUAAGAACAGGAAAAUGUGCAAUGUGCAGAGCUCAAAUAUCAGAAACUAUUUUAACCCAACCGGAGUUGCUGCUAGAAAACAGUGCGACGGUGUCGCCUCUCAAGAAAAAAGUGAUGGACAGUCUGGACGAAAAUGGGAAUGAAAAAGAAGUCAGUGAGGAUUCACUGACUUGUAGUUCUGCUGCUGUUUCGAACAAUAACGUGCGAUGGUUCUAUUCUGGGUACAAAGGCUGGUGGGAGUACGAUGAGAGAACAAGUCAGGAACUUGAGAAGUUCCUCUCACAAUUCAACAAACUGUCAUCCGACUCCAGUUUAACCAAAUCAACUCAAAAAUCGAAAACAUCAUUUGCAGCUAUGAAGAAAAACGAGCAAGAAUCCGAAAGCCAAUUGGCCGAAGGCCAGUUCGAACUUAUGAUCAGUGGGUAUGUGUAUGUUAUUGAUUUCAAUAGGAUGAUCCAGUACAGACAAAACAUGACUGGAAGGUCUCGAAACAUCAAACGGUUGACUACGGAAGACCAGUCUAUAAAACCAGAGGAAGUGAAAGGAAUUUCGGGAAUCAAAACCGAGAUUGUGUCUAGCUUUAAGAAGGUAGUUGACGCUGAAAAUGAGCAGAGUCAACAAACAAGUUCAAGUUCAUCAGCAACUGGCGAAUUAUCGAGUCGUCAAUCGGAUACUGAAAUGUUAUCCGGAACCUUUCGAUGCACCAAAUUGUAGAUGCAUGUGCUCGUUUUUUAAAAUAAUUUUAGUUAGUUUUAUAUUUAUUAGAAGAUUAGAUAUUAUAUGUCCUUCAAGUCAAAUUUGUGGAAAUUUCGAAUACAUAUAUUUUUUCGAAAUUUCUAUAAUUGCGUUUCAUGUUUUACCCGCACUGACAAACUUGAUAUAGAAAUGGUU